UGGCUCAAAUGGUCAUCCACCUGUUGCCCCCUCGUACAAUGUCCCCAACAACAAUGAUGAACAGAAAGAAGACAUUGAUGUUACGAGUGAAGAAAAGAAGAAAGAGAUGACGAUAUUGCUGGAAAGCCUCCAAUUGGAUGUUGAACAAGACUUAAGGAACUUCUUAAAAGAUGCAUAUCAUCAAGCAGUUACAAGCAUGGACAGUUUGACCAGAUUUAUUGACAAAUGUAUAGCAGUGAUUGACUUUUACCUGAGAAAAAAUGUGACUGUCAAAGAAGAGCUGACUAUACAAGGUGUGCUAGCAGACUGUCUUCUGCUCAGUAACCUUACGAUAAGGGACAAGUAUGACGGACUAAAGACAUUUGAUUGCAAGCAAAACAAACUAACAGAGUAUCAGCUGCAAGUGUUGUUAAGACUAGAGAUGAUAUGUGCAGGAGGUGAAAGUACUUCCGUGAUAGAUGAGGUUGUUGUUAUGUUGAGGUCCAUCUCAUUCAUCAAGGAUCCUGGAUUUCUGAGGGAUUUUCUCAAAGAAGUCAUACUGACGAGGUAUGUCCAACGCAUUCCAAAGUUUCUCUGUGAGAUCUAUGAAGGAUUAAUGCAAGACCUCCCAGCAGAACUGCGGUCUCCUUCCAAAAACAGUGAAGAAGAGGAAUCUCCUCUGAAGAGAGGUCAAGUUGCAUCAGUGGUGCGACCAGAGUCAGAUCAACCCCGCAGCGAGGUAAGUCGUCCUCUCACUYGUCAUCGCAGCAUUGCAGACAUGGGAGGGAAAAGACGAGAAAUAGUUAUUCCUGGUAAAGCAAAAACAAAGACCAAAACAGGAAAAARGAAGAACGACAAAACAAGCUGUUCAUCUUCAAAGGAAAAAAGUGAUCGAGGUAAAUCCCAGAAAACUCCGGUCAAGAAGGUGCGCAGAAACCUGUUUACUGAAGGAGACGAAACACCAGGAAUGACUGGUAUCUCAAUGAGCAAGAGUAAAUUGAAAGUGCCUUCAAUAUUUGGUAAAGAAGAUAAGUCUGGUCAACAUAGAAACAAAGAAAGCAGACGACAUUYGGUAGCUCACUCUAAGAUGGUGAAAGAAACUCCUGGGAGAAGGCAAAUUCAUAAUGCUUUGUGGCAAAAACAGCACAGAGCAAGAAAACGUACAAGUACAGCAACUGACCUGAACAUUGUUAAAGAAUCUCCUCUCAAAGAAAUCUUAGAAGCUGAAUCUCUUCCUCGUCGCAGCCCUCGGCGACACCCUGGAUCAAUCUUCCAGCGAAGUCAGUCAUUUUAUGGCGCCAAUCCAAAGUCGUGUCCUCUUGUAAGAACAUGGAGCUCUUCAUCAAUACGCAAUGAAUCUCCUAUUAAAAAACUUGAACUUGAUGAAAACACCGAUGCCAGUAACUUAGCAACGGAUGCCAUGGAAACCAUUACAACGCCUGUUAAGGAUACACAGGAUUAUGAUACAGUCAAGGAGUCACCGCUGCGGUUUYCUCCUCGAAGAAGGAAACGCUUCACCUUGCACACUUUGUUGGCAGAGACGACAACUAAAACAGAGCGAGACUCUUCAAGCAAUUCUAAAUCUUUGACACCGAAAUCCAAAGUAGAGGUUCCAGUGCGGUCUUCUCCAAGACUGUUAAAGAAGCGAUCCUUCUCUUGUAUUGGAUUUUCUAAUUCUUUAUCUAGUUAUUCCAAGAGUGGGAAUAGUUCAGACGGUAACAGAAUUAGUACACCAAGCAAGGACAAGGUUCUUACCCCGACAAGAUCGUCUCCGCGAUUCAAGAAAAGCGCCAGCGAUUCGUCAGGAAUGACUAGAAAUCGAAUUAGUUUGUCUUCACCUCGCACUGACCAAAAUCGCUGGAAUCCAGAGAAAAGGAAAAGACUUCAAACGCCACCUCGUUCUGGGCUUUAUGACUUCAAACCCGUCGAAUCUUUCGGUGAUUCGAGUAAAAGGACAAGAACGGAGUCUACAGACCGUUUGAUGCAUUCUAACAAGUUAACAAAAAAUUCAGAGAACGAGGGUGAUUCUGAAGACAGCGAAGUUGUCCUAAACUUAAAUAAACAGCCACUUUUACUUGAUCAAUUUGAAGUAAAUGAAGUGCGCAGUCCAGAUAAAUCGGAGAACCAAAGUUCAGCUCGCGAGUACGGCGUUCGUGAUGCUCAUGAUGUGAACUCCAUUAGAAAACGGCAUUGUCGUGAGACUUCUCCUGGUGUAGAACUAAGAGAGGAUAUGGAGAAUAAAUCUCCAACGAACAUGGUUAAUUCAAGUAUCAAAGAUGAUACUUCCAAUGACAAGAACAAUAGGAUAUUACGCUCUAGUCACAGGAGAGCAUCCUUUGAGCAGCAAUGGGAAGCAAUCACCUUAUCGCCUCCUUCUAAAAAUAAAAUAUUUGACUGUAAUUCGGAGUGCAAUGGUGGCAGAAGCGAACGUGACGUUUUAAGCCGAAAACGACUGUCUUUCAGUCCCUCGAAGAAAAUGGAAACAAGUCACGGUGCAUCCGAGAAUCAGCCAAGUGCGUCCGUAGACGAAUGUUUCAUUAAUGAGGACAAAAAUGAGACCAAACCCAGGAGUGAUGAAGCAACAAUGACCAAGGAAAGUGAUGAUGAUCGUGGAGAAAAUACUAGAUCAGACGACGUGGAAAACUCACUAGACAAUACCUUGAAGGUUGCUACUCCUGUACGCAGGUCCCCACGAAAACACUUCGAUAAAAACAGCCCCGUUUGUGGAUCUCAAAAAUUGCUGAGACCAAAACCAGUAGUAUCAACCCCACCAGCUAAAAAACGAAGAAAAACGCGCAGUCAAACCGAACAGGAGACCAAAAGGUCAAGCCCUUUGAAUCAAAUACUAAAACAGCGUAAGAGAAACAGACCUGGGAGCCUUAAGUCACCGAAGAAUAAGGCGCAUUCCGAGGCGGGCGUAGAUACUGCUACUCACAAAGGACCAAUGCAUGUUAUUUCAGUAGGGCAAGCCGACAGCUUUGCGGAGUUGGCUAUGGAACUCUUAGAUGAAUGCUCCAAGUCUUCAGAGGACAUGGUAUACGAUUGGUUCAAACACAUCGAUAAACAAGAAAAUCCAGUUGAGCCCACAUCAAUGAUUGGUGUCCCUGAAAUCAAUAAUGUACAAAGAAGUUUAGGAGUAGCAGACUUUGGUUUUGAGGAUGAUGAUGUUUUUCAAAAUCCCCCGAAAUCCUUACGUUCCGGGAAAACGCCCUACAAGCCUGCCACGCCCAUAUCUGCCAAGAGUAUUAAGAUGCUGCGCGAGUCUCCUCUUUUGGUGAAUUCUUCAUCGAUUUCUGUUCCACCAGGAUCUUUUGCGAAAAAAUGGUCCGACUCGUCGCCGUCCGGAAGAGAACGGCUUAAGCGUCGGAAACGUUCGGAAGCAUUCGGGGGAAAUUCGUCAGAACUCGAUACGAGCAUGAGCGAUGAUGGGGAGAAUGUUAUCAAACGAAAUCAAGAGAAGAACUCGACUCGAUCAAGAAAGAAGUUAAAACUGAACACAGACUAAAUUUUUUAUGAAAUAAAUUUUCGUAUUGGCGAAGCAAAUUGUAAGAUGUAAGAUGAAUUAUCACARGCAAAUGAUAGUGUUAAUAUUUGAGAUGUUCACAAAGACAUGCAUAUUCGUUUUUCACAAGUUUUCAAAAUUUAAAGUUAUUUGUAAAUAAGAUUUAUCCAACUUGAGUUUGUAGCCGACUUUUUGUAGAAUGAACAAAUCAUUAAUUCAUUUAUCAGAGUGUGUAGCAGUGUUUUCUUAUGGUUGGUAUGAAUAUGGCUCUGUCUUGUGAACCAAAGAAAAGCUGUUAGUAAGUCGACCGAACGGUUACAAUGAGAUGCGGGGGAAGUGCGCUAUUUGAAGACACUCACGCAGAGUGUAGAGAAAGAGUAAGACAAAGGGCGCGUUAGCUAUGGUCCAAGCUUUUCUAACAAUUAUACGAAAGUGUAAAGUGCACUUUUUAAGAUAAGGAUGCGCUUUUUGAGAAAACUAUUUAUUUAUUAGUAUUUAUACUACCAAUAUAAUCUUUGAGCAUUCUAAUAAUACACUGGGGAGGUGAUGUACUAUAUAAUUACCUUUGUUUCAUAACUACUAAGAUAUAAAUUUUCCAGUAUACGAAAUAUUAUAAUAUUAUAAUAUAGUAUAAUAAAACAGGUCGUGAUGAGAAAACUAUUCAAAAUGAUGAAAUAGAUAUUCGACACUAUUCGGCCCUGAUAUACUUCAUGCAAUAUUCCUCGUAUAAGCAACCUUUGCUUUUCCAAUUUGUCUUUUUGGGGGUUUUUCUGUCUCGGUAAUUGUGUAGGGCGCGGCUAUUUUUUGCAUUUACACCUAUUUCGAAACGAUAGUCGGAGCCAAAGGAGAUGAACCAUAUAGGCCGCGAUAUGAAAUUAUUCUAAGGCCUCGAUAAUUCGUGUUCAGAACUAUGCCCAUAGUUCCUUUCGGACUUUGAAUGGCUUAUCGUCUAUCUACUUUGGCUCCAACGGCCUGUGAAUAUUAGCAAAGGGAGAGCGGUCGCAUUGCGAGGAAAUUGAACGUAUUAGAGUUUAUGUAUUUAAAAAAAAUUAAAGCAUAUUCAAUUAUAUUCUUUUGCAUGUAAUAAUAAUACUAAGCAAAUUUGAUUUAACGAAAAGUAAAAGUCACUUUUAUAAUGAUCCCUCUUUUCAAAGUUCAGAGGAAGACUGGUAGCGACGUUGUAGUGCAUGGCAUUCUGGGCCUGAAUUCAUAACACAUCAAAAAGCCGUCGGUCUUCUUAUGAACUUCAAAAUGGCGAAUAUUAAUUAGAAGCACGCGAACGCUCUGAUUUGUAAUGAUAAGGUCAUUUUGUAUUUAUCGUACCUUAUAAAAGCUACAGUGCCUAUGCGUGGAAGAGACUAAGUUGUGAACCGCACCCAAGUCCCGCUAAAAGGGACUUAGGACAUGAUUCAGUUGAUAAGAUACGUACCAUUAAAAAUAUCUUUGCAUGCAUCGUGUUACAAUACUACCUAUUUGUUUUAUAUACAGAACCUUUUAAGGUUUUGUUUCGCUACUGUCACAGUAGUCUGUAAUGGACUUCAAGGGCUUGUGCUUCCAUUCUCAAUCUUUCU